AUGGAACAGUUACAGACAGAUUUGGAGACACUUCGACAAGAGUUGGCUGCUGCUAAGGACGAAUCAGAAGAAGUUGACUCGGAGGAUGACCCGUCUAUUGACGAUGAGGCAGAGGUUGGACAUACCACACCGCUAGAGAGGGCAGAACCCCCCCAUAUGGAGAGAGGUACCGAGGUACCGACCCUAUCCGAAGAACUGAAGAUCGAGGAACUGAAAGAACUACCGAUCGAAGAACUGAAACUGAUACACGAAGAACAGAGCCACCAGGAGGAGAGGAACAACUGCUGCCCCCUGCUGGAAGAGAGUCUCCUAACACGGACCAGAGUCAGUACGAGAAGAAGAUCUAGGAUUGGAGCUUCAAGCACUAGGGCGCAAAGCGUCCAAGGCCGAGAGUUUGAACGUUUGCUGAAAGGACGCUUCUUUCAAGCUUUGCCUGUUAAAUGGCAAAGGAGACUGGGUGCACCAAAGACAAGCGAGACUUUUCAAGAGCUCUAUGAUAGGGCACGAGUGAUAGAACGACAUGAACGACAAUAUGCAGAAUCUGCUGCGUCCCGUGAAGAUACCCCCAAGAAGAACACUUUCCGAGCAAGAGAGCAGGCCACACCACAGUCUGAAAGUACACGCCGAGAAGAGAGGAAGACUCGAGAACCUGUGUGCUAUCACUGCCAGCGCCCUGGACACUACAAGAGUGAUUACCCCUUUCGUGGAAAUCAGCCGGAAGCACCUGGGAGAAACACUAACCCUUACAGAAGCGGGAGGUCAAGUCAGUUAAACCGUCACAGUGGAAAUCACAGUGGAAAUCACAGUGGAAAUAACUCUAACCCCAGUACAUCCCUACUGGAGACCAAACCAAGUGAGGAGACACAUUUGAACAGUUUGUCAAUAGAACAGUUAGAAGCCCUGAUAGCUGUAAAGCGACUGGGUGAUAAACGUGAUAAUCUACCCAGAGACGAAGCUACGAUGAAUACCGUGACCGUCAACCAAGAACAAAGCCCCAAGGCAGUCGGUCCUACAGUGUAUGUGCCUGUGAACGUAUGUGGAGUGCCUGUAGAAGCCAUGUUGGACACUGGUGUUCAGUCUACCAUAAUCUCUCGAGAGUUGCUACACGAAAUUGUACGUCACCUCCGAACCGAAGACCAGCCACUACCUGAACUAAAGACACCCUCUGCGAGACUCUAUGGCAAGGAUGGAGUGGAAGGCGGCAGAGAGAUAGUGAUCACUGCCCAGAUUGAUGUAGACAUUUCCGUGGAUGGUGAGUCAGUUUGUGUACCUGUAUUUGUACAACCAGUAAGUCCUAUUGUUAGGCAUGAAUGCUAUACCGGCCUUAAGCUUUUCGUUGUUGAGACCUGUUGUUGAGACCUAAUGGACAAUCCCUCAUAGCAAGAAGUAACCCUGACCCUGAAAUAUCUAUUGUGCGGUUUGUGCGGUUAGUGAAAGGUGUUAUAGUACCCAGCUUGAAAGGCAGUUUUGUGAGAGUCAAAAUCGACAAUGUACAUGCCCUACCUGGAGGUUCUGUUUUGUUUGAACCAAGUAAUGGUCAGCUUGAGCCUAAGGGUUUGUAUUCCCAAGAGUCCCUUAUUACUAUUGACGAUGAUGGUUGUAUGCUAGUCCCAAUGGUGAAUGUGCAUGGUGCCUCGACUCAACUUUUGGAGGGCAUGGAGAUAGGGUGUGUACAACCUUUGGACGUUGUGCCUGUUUUGAAACCCGGAGAUGUUUGUUGUACUAAUACUACAUGUGCAUCUGUAGAUCUGUAGACACCGUUGUUAAGACCUCCGAACGUAUGAACCAAAUUAAGACUGUCUUAGGUAUUGAUUCCAUGAUCCUUUCGGAAGGACAGCAAAUUCAGCUUACCCAAUUGCUUUAUGAUUACUCUGAUGUAUUUGCCCUUAAUGGUGCCGAGUUAGGUUGCACCAAUGUAGUGCGCCAUUGCAUUGAUACCGGAGAUAGCCACCCAGUAAAGCAACAACCCUAUCGCACCCCAUUUAUCCACUGAGAAACGAUCAGUCGAAUGGUAGAAGAGAUGGAGGAGCAAGCAAGGUGUAGU